UGGGUGAGAUAUAUUCUGGAAUAUUAUCAGUCUAGCUAUUAGAGUGGUGGCUUUAGAAUACAUAAAAGAAAGAAAAAGAAAUGAAAUAAGAAGACAAUAUGUGAUGUACGUAGAAUCAGUUUUGGAUUCUCCUACAUCACUGGACAAGAAAAAGAUUGCGGUGAUGAGUUCUCACGACCCGAGUUAAACCGACUCCCAAGACACUAUAUAUAAGUUACAUGUAGAGGGUUAGUUCAUAAGAAUAGAAGAACCAUAAAUAAAUAAAUAAAUCAGAAACAACUUGUUUGUUUUAGAUCAAAGAUGUCUGUACAUACCAGAGAUCCUCUUGUGGUAGGGGGAGUGAUAGGGGACGUUCUUGAACGGUUCACAAGAUCAAUCGAUCUCAGGGUUACUUACGGCCAAAGAGAGGUGACAAAUGGGUUGGAUAUAAGGCCUUCUCAAAUUCUCAACAAGCCAAGAGUUGAGAUUGGUGGAGAAGACCUAAGGAACUUCUAUACUUUGGUUAUGGUGGAUCCAGAUGUUCCAAGUCCGAGCAACCCGCACCUCCGCGAAUAUCUCCAUUGGUUGGUGACUGAUAUCCCUGCGACAACUGGCACAAACUUUGGCAAUGAGAUUGUAUCUUACGAGAAUCCAAGGCCCACCUCGGGGAUACAUCGUAUCGUGCUGGUAUUGUUCCGGCAGCUCGGGAGGCAGACAGUGUAUGAACCAGGGUGGCGCCUACAGUUUAACACUCGUGAGUUUGCUGCGCUAUACAAUCUCGGCCUUCCCGUGGCUGCGGUUUACUUCAAUUGUCAGAGGGAUAAUGGCUGUGGAGGACGAAGAAGUUAGAUCGAUGGGGGGUUCUUCCUCUAAUCAUUUGACUUUACAUGCCCUAUGAGAUUAAUGCAUCUAUAUAUAGUACUAUAAUAAGCAUUUUAUGAUACGAGUAAUGAACGGUGAUAAUGACUACAAUAAUUUAAUAUGUAUUAAAUAAAUCAGAGAGGGGGAAACAAAUGAGAGUGUUUUUACUUUUAUGGCGUGUGAUGCUCAGUAUUUUAUAGAUUCUACAUGAAAUAGAAGUGUUAUAUAGCUACAAUACGUAUACU